AUGCAGUACGUGGCCCUGGCUCAGUCAUGUGACAAUACUGCUGUCCUGGCCCUGCAGAGUGAGAACGCCUGCCAGAAACUCACCGCUCUCAAAGGCUUCUUCCAGCCGUGCCAUGGCCUGCUCGACCCGCAACCUUUCUACCAAUCCUGUUACCUGGAUGGCUGCUACAACCACCGCAGGGCCCAGAUGUGUGGCUCCUUUGCUGCGUAUGCUGAGGCUUGCAGGGCCCUGGGAACACUUUCCACGCGCUGGAUCACUCAGGAGAACUGCUCAGAAUGGAUCUAUGACCCUUGUGCUGGAGAGAGCUGCACAAACUUUACAUGUGAGCUGGAGAACGGAGGAGACCUGUGUGGCUGUCCAGAGCUGGUCACCACCACUGGCAGUGAAGACGACAUCAUCCAGGCCGAGGUGACCUGUAAGCAUGCUCAGAUGGAGGUAUCCAUCUCCAAGUGUAAGCUCUUCCAGCUGGGCUUUGAGCGCGAGGAUGUCAGGGUCAACGACCAGCACUGUGCCGGCAUCGAGGGAGAGGACUUCAUCUCCUUCCACAUCAACAACACAAAAGGCCACUGUGGGUCCAUCGUACAGGUGCGCACACACACAUACCACUCAGAUAUUAUCAGCCUGCAUCAAAAAAAGGGUCUAGAUCUGAAUUUGUGA